AUGGCCACCGUCAAUUACCACGAUCUUGAGCUUCCCGCCUACAUCCUCGGUGCUCUGACCGCAGGAGGCGGUAUCAUGGGAUACGCGCGCACACGAUCUGUUCCUUCAAUCGUUGCUGGCUGCGCUGUUGGAUUUUUAUAUGCUCUUGGUGGCUAUCGCAUUCAGAAUGAGCAGCCUUAUGGAGUUGAGCUUGGUCUUUUAGCCUCCGUCGUUCUUGGGGGAUCUGCUUUCCCCCGAGCCCUUCGUCUGAGGAAACCGGUUCCAAUUCUUCUUAGUGUCAUUUCAGCAUUUGGCCUCUUCACCUAUGGUUCUGCUCUUCGAAGGAAGGCCUGA